AUGUUUCAGGACUCGGUGACGUUCCGGGACGUGGCCGUGGACUUCACCCAGCAGGAGUGGAGGCGCCUGGGCCGGGCCCAGAAGGAGCUGUACCGGGAGGUGAUGCUGGAGAACUACAGGAACCUGGUCAGUCUGGCAGGCUUUGUGGGUGCCAAGCCAGAGGUGAUCUGUCAUUUGGAGCAGGGGGAAGCGCCCUGGGUGCCCGAGAGCCCAUUUCCCAGAAGCGGCAGCCACGAGGUGUUGGGAGGUUUCUGGGAAUCUUAUGCUGAGUUAAAGGAGGAGCAAAGUAAUGAGACUCAUCAUUUUAGACAAGUAGAAAUCACCAAAGGGAAAUCCCAUCAUGAAUAUGUAUGUAAUGAAUGUGGGAAGGCCUUCCAUCAGAAUUCAUACCUUCGGAGACAUCAGAAAAUUCAUACUGGAGAAAAGCAUUAUGAAUGUACUGAAUGUGGGAAAGCCUUCCUAUGGGCCACUGAACUUGCUCACCAUCAGAGAACACAUACAGGAGAAAAACCUUAUGAAUGCAAUGAAUGUGGGAAAGCCUUCAGCCAGAAUUCAUACCUUCGAAGACAUCAGAGAAUUCAUAGUGGAGAGAAACCUUAUGCAUGUAAUGAAUGUGGGAAGACCUUCCUUCGGUCCCCUGAGCUUACUCAACACCAGAGGACACAUACUGGAGAAAAACCUUAUGAAUGCAAUGAAUGUGGGAAGGCCUUCCGCUGUAAAUCACAUCUUACUGACCAUCAGAGAAUCCAUACUAGAGAGAAACCUUUUGUAUGUAAUGAAUGUGGGAAGGCCUUUUUCAGGAGUACAAAUCUUAGUCAGCACCAGAGGACCCAUACUGGAGAAAAACCAUAUGAAUGUAGUGAAUGUGGAAAGGCCUUUGGUCAGAAGGCACAUCUUACUCAUCAUCAUAGAAUUCAUACAGGAGAGAAACCUUAUGAGUGCAAUAAAUGUGGGAAGGCCUUCCACCAAAAUUCAUACCUUAGAAGACAUUUGAGAAUUCAUACUGGAGAGAAACCUUAUGUAUGUAAUGAGUGUGGGAAGGCCUUCCUUCGGGCCACUGAACUUGGUCAACACCAUAGAACACAUACAGGAGAAAAACCUUAUGAAUGCAGUGACUGCGGGAAGACCUUUGGUCAAAAGGCAAAACUUAUUCAACAUCAUAGAAUUCACACUGGAGAGAAACCUUAUGUAUGUAAUGAAUGUGGGAAGGCCUUUAUCCGGAGCACUAAUCUGAAUCAACACCAGAGAACUCAUACUGGUGAAAAACCUUAUCAGUGCAAUGAAUGUGGGAAGGCUUUCUUUCAAAGAGCAGAUCUUACUCAACAUAAUAGAACUCAUACUGGAGAGAAACCUUAUAUAUGCAGUGAAUGUGGGAAGGCCUUUUGUCAGAAGGCAGCUCUUACUCAGCAUAAUAGAAUUCAUACUGGAGAGAAACCAUAUGUCUGCAAUGACUGUGGGAAGGCUUUUCACUGGAGCACAGUACUUGCACAACAUCGAAGAACCCAUACUGGAGAGAAACCUUAUGAGUGUUCUGAAUGUGGGAAGGCCUUCAGUCAGAGGGCAAAACUUAUUAGACAUCAGCGAUUUCACACUGGAGAGAAACCAUAUGAGUGUUUAGAAUGUGGAAAGGCCUUCUGUCAGAAAGCUGAUCUUAAUUUACAUCAUAGAAUUCAUACUGGAGAGAAACCUUAUAAAUGCAGUGAAUGUGGGAAGACCUUUCGCUAUAAUUCACACCUUACUCAACAUCAGAACAUUCAUACAGGAGAGAAACCUUACAAAUGCAGUGAAUGUGGAAAAGCCUUCUUCUGGAGAACAGCCCUUAAUCAGCACCGGCAAGUUCACACAGGGGAGAAAUCUGUUUGAUGUAAUGAAUGCAGAUCAAUUUGUUUUCCAAGAUUACAGAGUAUAUGUGACACCAGAGAUUCAUAUAGGCAAGAAUAUGAAAAGUCUCUAUAAGAGAAUCAAAACUCCUGAACAUCAGAGAGUACCUACUUAAGAGAAAUUUUUUGAAUGUAAUGAUUGAUUUAAAGUUUUUCCCCAGAAAUAA